AUGUUAAAAAUUAUUCUUCCCUCUAUCAUGCUACUACCACUAACCUGACUAUCAAACAAUAAAAAUAUAUGAGUCAACGUUACCUCUUAUAGCUUUAUAAUCAGCUUAAUCUCAGCCAUGUUUCUAUGACAAAAUGAUAUAAACACCCUAAACUUCUCAUUACUAUUUUCAACCGACUCACUAUCAUCCCCCCUCAUCAUUCUAACCACAUGACUACUACCACUAAUACUACUAGCUAGCCAAAAUCACAUAAAAAAAGAAACAGAUCAAAAUAAAAAAACCUACGUUUCAAUAUUAGUACUUCUACAAAUCCUUUUAAUUAUAACAUUUUCUGCAAACGAAUUAAUAAUAUUUUACAUUUUAUUCGAAGCAACUUUAAUCCCCACUCUCAUCAUCAUCACUCGAUGAGGUAACCAAACAGAACGAUUAAACGCAGGACUUUACUUCUUAUUCUACACCCUAAUCGGAUCUAUCCCACUAUUAAUUGCCCUCAUCUAUAUUCAAAACCUAACAGGAACAUUAAAUUUCUUAUUAUUCCCUCUCACAUUCACACCACUAGACCAAACAUGAUCCAAUAAUAUUCUAUGGUUAGCAUGCAUAAUAGCAUUUCUAAUCAAAAUACCAAUGUAUGGAGUACACUUGUGACUCCCAAAAGCACAUGUUGAGGCCCCCAUUGCAGGAUCAAUAAUCCUAGCAGCCAUCUUACUAAAACUAGGGGGUUACGGCAUAAUACGAAUUUCAAUAAUUAUAGACCCAAUGACCAAAACCAUAGCUUACCCAUUCAUCCUCCUAUCUUUAUGAGGCAUAAUCAUAACAAGCUCCAUUUGCCUACGACAAACAGAUCUAAAAUCCCUAAUCGCUUACUCUUCAGUCAGCCAUAUAGCACUAGUCAUCGCAGCAAUUAUAAUCCAAACUCCAUGAAGCUUUAUAGGGGCCACAGCACUAAUAAUCGCCCAUGGACUAACAUCAUCCUUACUAUUCUGCCUAGCAAACACUAACUACGAACGCAUCCACAGCCGAACUAUAAUCAUAACCCGAGGAUUACAAACCAUUUUUCCACUUAUGGCUACCUGAUGAGUUCUAGCAAGUCUAGCAAAUCUAGCUAUCCCACCAUCAAUCAAUCUCAUCGGAGAACUUAUAAUUACAAUCUCCCUAUUCUCCUGAUCCAACCCAUCUAUCCUACUAUUAGGAAGUAACAUCCUAAUUACCUCACUUUAUUCAAUGUAUAUAAUUAUUACCACUCAACGAGGUAAGCUCACAAGCCAUAUAACAAACCUUCAACCAUCUCACACACGCGAACUAGCACUAAUAACACUACACAUUAUUCCAUUAAUCCUACUAACCAUUAAUCCUAAACUAAUUAUAGGGUUAACAAUAU